AGCUGUUCGUUCGACUGCUUUUCAGAACGGCUCGAGCUGUUGUAGAGGUUACAUAAACCGCAGGGCUUUCUCCGUCUUUCCUUUGUUAGCUGACAGUGCUCUUGCUGUCCUGCCUCUACCUCUACUCCUUACUGGGAAGAGCAUGUCCUCGUUGUCCAAAUCUUGCCUGAAUCACUAACUGUCGUUCUCGGGCGUCCAGUCCACCCCUGCCUCGGGCUUUGCGGCACCUGUGCAGAAACAUUGGCCCUGCGGCUCUUCUUGCCAGCUCGUUUGAGCCAUUCUCCUCGAGUGAGGCCUCACCUCGGUCGGUCGCUCUGACAGUCUCGUUCGUUUUCUAUGCCAGAUUGUCUGUCGAUCGAUCGCUGGUGUGCGUCGUUGUUUGACAGAGAGAGAGAGAGCAUAAGUGUAGAGUCAGGAUAACUCAGUCUCGCUGAUAUUUCUUCCUUCUCAAGAUGCAGCGCUCUCACAGCAUGCACGUAAAUCUUUCUGUGGAGGACCUGGUGGCUGUAUCCACAUCUACGUCUCUAGGAGUCACACCUGUCAAUGGGAGAACAAAUGGAACCACUAUCAUGCCGAGAAGCGCAAGUGGUGUGACCAUCUUGGAUAUUAUGAACCCAAGGUCGUAUUCCAUGGAGAAGGCAAUGAAAAGAGAUUCAAGGUUUCAGUCCGAGAAUUGCAUCCACAUGAUCCCAUUGGUUAUCCUCCUCUGCUACUUCUGUCUCUGGAUCGCUUCCUCAGCUGUUUCUCCACACCUGCGUUCGGAUCAUUGAAAUCACUAGCCUUAGAGAUCAAAUACUCCAGAACCAGGACACGUUCUCAUGUGCCAGUUCUUUUUUGGAUAUACUCUCGAGUCCUUUCUCCGUCAGCAGAGCUUUGUGUGAAUACUUUUUGGCUGGAGGGAGAACGAACUGCACGAAUAUACCAUAGAAGUACCUGAUAGCAGCUAAUAAUUUGUCCCUGAUGCCUUGCAGGUUGGAGUGGGCUUCAGAGUAGAUGGCCGAUAGUUCAUUCAGUGUAAUAAAGCUUAAAAGUUAUGAUUUCUAGACUGCACUUUACCUGUAUGCAAGCAGUCAUGGAUGAAUCGUCUACGAUCUUGCAGAAGUACCGGUUUCUGGAGAUGAGCAUACAAGAAGAGCAAUCUUACAUACUAUUGUGCCUGCUGACAUUGGUCCACCAGGUGACGAUAUCCUCGCUCAUAUGCCGAAAAUCAUAGAUUAGCAUUCAACCUCCUUCAUAGGCAUGCAUGCCUUUGGCAGACCGGAAGCUUGGUCCAAGUUCCAGCUUGUCAUGAUCUGCUGAAAUGGUAACAGGUCUACAGGUCCAUGCUCCUUUUGAAGCAAAAGCGUUCGUGAUUGAACAGCCCAGUGAUGCUCUGGCAUCAUCGUUUAAGAAAGUGCAAAAGUGACACUGAUCAACCUGGUAGCACAUCCAAGUCGAGGAGAUCUCACCAAACGGCGACUUAUUGUACAUAUGGGAUUGACAAUCGUCUUAUGCCCGGAGUCCAUCGGUUUGUACGUACAAUAUUCUGGCACGCGGGCCUAGAUAGGCCCGCGCGUAACAUCUGUUUACUAGAAUCGACAUUUCGAUCUAGCUCUUUAGGCCCCUUCUUCUAGGCCAAGGACGACAAGUCACAGAAGGUGACUAGUAGAGUGUACAUUUUGAUACUACUUCAAGGCGAAUUGAGCUUUGAGAUUGGCUCUAUUAGUAAAAAAUUUUUGCUGC